GUUUUGAAAAAAAUAAGUUUGUGUAUACAUGAGAGCAGGGCCGGCCCGUGGCAUAGGCCGUAUAGGCAAAUGCUAAGGGCGCCGUCCAUCAGGGGGCGCCACGCCAGUGCCACAAAUGUUGGAGAAAAAAAAAAAAGGUUGAUACUAUUAUUUCUAAAUACAAAAAAUAAUCCCACGUUAAUUAAAAUGCAAAGUAAAGCCUAUUUAAUAGAAAUAUUAUUUGUUACAACAUUACACCCCCCACCCCCCCACCCCCGCACGGUGCGCCCCCUCCCUUCCCGUAUCAUGACUCUUUUUGGACGUCACCACAUCAAAAAAUCAACAUAAGAUGUCAAAACGGCCAAAACUGUCAGGUGCCCAGGGAAGAAAAAAGAGAAAAGAAGAGGAGGAGAAACGAGAAAAGACAGAGGUAGCAGCAGAAGACAUCACUCAGCUUCCAGAUCUCCAUCAGAUCACCGUUUUAAGCAAAGCCGACUGGCUAAGGAUCCAGGACCAGACGAACCGUGUGGACAAGGAGAAGGAGCGCCUGAUGGAGGCCAAAAGGCAAAGAGAGUUUCUCCACCACAAAUCCAAAGAGAUGGCCAAACUGUGGCCCAACACCCUCGCUGGUCAAAGGCAGAAAAAGCUGGAAGCAAAGAAAAUCCGCGACCAGAUGGAGGAGGACAAAAGGAAACUGAUUGAUAAGGAAGAGGCCAAAUACAGAGAGGAAAUGCGCAGAGAGGCCCUUGCAAAGGCAAAGAAGCAGCUGUACUACCAGACAGAGCGAGUGACAGGACUUCACCGUGCACUCUUGCUAACAGAAGUUCUGAAGGAAAGGGAGGCCCAAAUGGAGCUAAAGCAAAGAAGAACAAGUGCUUCCAAAGAGAUGGACAAAGAAUAUGUGGAGAUGAUGAAGGCCAGAGAUGCUGAGGAUUAUAAAAGAGAGCAGGAGAAAGUACAACGGAGAAGAUUGGAAAGGCAGGCUGUUGCAGAGAACCUAAAGAAGCAGAUUGAGGAAAAUCAGUUGGCAAAAGAGCGGCAGAAGCUCGAGACCAAAAAGGAUGGCGAAGAAAUCCAACGCCAUCAAGAGCUUUAUCAGUGGGAGCUGAAAAUGGAGGAAGAGACGCAAGCCAAGCAGAAGAGUGACUUCAUGCUAACUCAGCUGGAGCACCUCACUCAGAGGGACAUCUCAAAAGCGGAAGAUAUAGAAAAAACAGAGGCAGAAGAGGCCCAAAGAAAACUUUUCCUGUCUGCAAAGGAGAAAAUGGUGAAGUUGAGGAGAGAGAAAGAAAAGGAGUUGCUCAAAGAAGUCCAGAAUCACAGAGAGAAGAUCAUGGACAAACUGAUAGUGGCUCAGCAGGAGCAGACGGAUCAGAAGGAGCAGAAGGUGGCCGAGGCGGUCGCAGAGCAGGAUUCAAAGAAAAUGCAGCAAAAGUGGGAGGAGGAUGAGAGACGGACGGCAAUGAUGAAGUCAAUUACAUCACAUAGGGAACACAUGGUCCAAGAAAUGGAGCAACAUUACUUAAUGAGAAAGGAGGAGGAAAGAGAAUCGCUGGAGGCAAAGAAAAAAGAUGACAGAAUGUUCUCAGAGGAACAGAAACUGAAAAUGAAGAACAUCCAGCAUGAUCUUCAAAAGUUACAAGACUUCAAUGCAAGCCAGAUGGUAGAAAAACAGGCCAGGCAGCAUCAAUUAAAGAGAGCAGAACACAAAUUUGAAGCAGAGAACCUACAGCUCUUUGCCGAAGAAGAAGAAGUGUUUAAGAAGUACUCAUUGGAGGUGGUCCAAGCAGCAGCUGACGCUCAGCGCAAAGUCCUUCCACUUUACAAGGCUGUGAGGGAUGGGGCCGCAUGCGGUCCCAGUUUUACCCGGGCAAGACCUCGCUACCUUGUUCAGGAUAUGAGUGGAGCUGAAAUGCCUAAAUACGUCUCAGACAGCACCCGGAACAUCAAGAAAAUCCAUGAUGUUGUAAAUAUUGAAGAAGCAAAGAAAAGACUUGGGUUUACAUGGUGA